AUGGUCGCAACAUUUUCACCUCACCGGGAUGGCGGUACUCUGCACCUACCUUCACCUACUGGAAUUCAUCAUGUGGAUGCAAGCUCGGCAAUAAGGCAACUGCGUCGCUCUUUGUCUCGCUCUCCUUCAAAAAGUUCUGACUUUCGUUUCCUGUCACGACCUCACUCCCAGGCAAAUUCAAACACGCCCUUUAUUUCCUCCCCACUAUCACCAUCGCGUCGUGGAAACCUCUUCUUUGUCCCAGCUACCACAUCAAACAUCUCAGCAGCCAAUUUAUCCACACCAGCACCUUCGAAAUCGACAUUUGCAGCCUCGACCACACCUGCAGCAGCUCCCCCAGCAACACCUGUCGCGGUGCCAUUUCCCCCAAGCGCAAAAAUAACGCGCCCACUGAUGCGCAGGACUGGGUCACUGCCUAAUACGCGCCCACGUACCUCUCCAAAAAGUCCCUCAAAGAGAGUUUUGAAUAUUUCCAGUGAUCAGGGCAACGCGACUGUUACACCACCUGUUUCAUUAAACGAGAACGAGGGCUUUCUCCAAGAACCUAGUAUUACAUCAUCUGAGAAUUUCGCGCUCUUUUCAACCGACAUCUCCACAGACAACAAUAACAACAGCAAUAACAUCGCGUUCAAACCAAAUCCCCAUCGUAUUGAAAAGCGGCGCAGUGGCAAUUUUGGGUCUUUGACUACGACAGUCAGCCCUCUGAAAAGAAGUGACGGGGCAAUGAACCUCGACCGAGCUGAAUUUGCAAGCCCGUCAGCGAAACGUCGCAGUUUACAUAGCGUUGGGGGAACGCCCGAUUUCAGCAUUUUUGACGCGACUGACAACUUUCCGUCAUCAAACGAAACCUCAGACAACAUGUCUCGAGAAACCGAAGUCCAACUUUUUACUUUCUCCAGUCUACCAGGAGGCAACUUUGCGACAAUCCCAAAACGUUCAUCUUCUCUACGACGUUCGACACUUCAACAGCGUCAAGGUGAACGGUCGCUCUUCAAUCGCUCACGGUUAGCGAACGUGGAUUUUCCCGACUCGCCCCCAAAGAGUCCCAUUGCCGCAAUGCAGCAACGUUAUCCUCUAGGCAGUAGCCUCUCGACCACUCCCAGCCAUGAUAGCGUGUUCACUCCACAACAACGACCUGCAUCGAGCAAUCCACUGUUCGCGAAUGUUCAACGUGAUAUCCCUAGUACAACACCACACGCCGCACACCCCCUUUCUCGCACUAUCACACAAUCCUCUUCGAGCUCUAGUUUGGCUGAUGACUCUCCAACACAUGAACCAAUCCACAAGACUGAUCGUCCAAGACCAAUAUUCAACUUUUCAAAAUCUCUUCCUGUUGGAGCAACCAGACCUGAAGCUCCCCGCCAAUUUACCCGGGAAGACUCGAAUACGUCUACCGACUCUUUUGCAACACCAGAGAACUACCGACAGGCCAAGCCAUAUGCAGCAGCAUUCAUGUCCACUGGACUGAUAUCAAAGAAGAACCGCAAUGCUGAUGACCUUCAGAGCUCAUUUGGCUCUAGUAAGAAUAUGCCUGACACUCCUUGCAAGCGAUCUUCAACUUUCCUGCCAUCUGCGCAAAAGGCGUUGCCUGUUCGACCUAUCUCGCGUCCAAAGCUCGCUCGUCAAACCUUUGUUGCGCCUUCUACUCCGUCACACCAUGCGGUUCCAGCUUCAGGUCCGUUCUCUCGGGGCAACGGUGUUUUAGGCAACGUCUUUAGCCGGCCUUACUCGUCUCGGAGGGAUAGUUUUGCGAGUGUUGACGGCGAUGACCGAUCAAUCUCUAAUUCGCCCUCAGCUCGCCGUGACAAUCAGCGAUCAACUGAUUUCGAUCUUCCGCCCACUCCAACAAAGCAGACGUUCCCCUCUAGCCAGCUACAGGGAACACCACAUGGCGACCCAUCUGUCCAACUGCAGAUUGAUAGUCUAGAAAGUACCACGCCGUGCACCCCGAAAGACAACAACAUCCUUCCCGAUCCAAGUGGACUGUCAAUCUCAGCACCUAACGAACCCGCCUUGAGCUUGGACGAUCUGAAUGCGUCUACCAUAACUUUCCCUGCCACCCCUACUGCACCACGUGACUACUUUGCACCGACUGGCCAGCGAAAGAGUAUGUCGCUGGGUGGCUUCACUGCUAUGGAUGUUGAUACCAGCUUGACAACCCGCUUCGACAAAGUAGAGCUCAUCGGCACUGGAGAGUUCUCGCAGGUCUAUCGGGUGUCGAACUCCCCUGAGAACACUCAGUACAAAUCGAUAUUUUCUUUACCAUCGGCUGGCUCUAACUCGCCAUCGACUCUGCCUGAACGUGUUUGGGCUGUCAAAAAGUCUAAACAGGCAUUUGGUGGUCCCAAGGAUAGAAGCCGACGAAUGAGGGAGGUGGAAAUCUUGAGGGCUCUGGCCAACUCGGAUCAUGUGAUAUCUUUCGUCGACCACUGGGAAGACCGAGGUCAUCUUUAUAUUCAAACAGAAUACUGCGAGGAAGGCAGUCUGGAUGUCUUCCUUGCUCAAGUUGGACUCAAAGCUAGACUCGAUGACUUUAGGAUUUGGAAGAUCUUAUUGGAGUUAUCACAAGGAUUAAAACAUAUUCAUGAUUCAGGCUUUAUUCAUCUCGAUAUCAAGCCUGCCAACGUUUUAAUCACCUUUGAAGGCGUCCUUAAGAUAGGUGACUUCGGCAUGGCUACAACGUGGCCCGCGGAAAAACAUAUUGAAGGUGAAGGUGACCGAGAGUAUAUGGGUCCGGAAGUUUUGCUAGGAAUGUACGACAAACCAGCCGACAUCUUCGCCCUUGGUCUGAUCAUGUUUGAAAUCGCUGGAAACGUCGAACUUCCUGAUAAUGGAUUAUCAUGGCAGAAGCUUCGGAACGGCGACAUUAGUGACGUCCCAAGUCUAACGUGGAGCUCGGAGACAAGCAUAUUACGUGAUUCGUCAGGAAACCCGUUAUCUGAGAGUUCCUCUUUUGACGAGCUCUGCCGCUCUGAUCCUGCGUUCGAAGAUUCCGGCGUGGACUUUUCUAGAUCUCGUGUUCCCAAGCUACAGCAACUUUCUCGCAGCGGAGAGUUGGUUGAACCUCCCGCUUUCAUGGUAGAUGCCAACCACGAAGACUCCUUGGAUAAGCUUGUCCGCUGGAUGAUCACCCCUGACCCGGCUAGCCGACCAACGGCUGAUCAACUGCUACAAGCAUAUGGAACGCAGUGGGCUAUGUCUCGCCGCCGAGCUGGUGCUACUGUUUUCGAAGGCAACUGGGGACCGGCAGAUGAUAUACUUCAAGAGGACGCGGAGAUGAUUGACGUUUGA